UCCCCCACCCCAUCUUUCGCUCCUCGCCCCGCCCCCGCGCGCCAUUCCCCGCUGUGCUCCGGCCGCUGGUCCCCGCCAGCAGCUCUCGGCCAUGGCUGGCGUGGUCCCGCGACCCGCCAAGGGCUAUCGGGUGGUGCUGCUCGGGAGCGUGGCGGUGGGCAAGACGGCGCUGGCCACGCAGUUCGCCUGCGGGAGCUUCCCCGAGCAGUGCGAGCCGUCGGUGGAGGAGCUCUUCAGCAAGGUGAUCGAGGUGAACGCGGCGCCCGCGCUGCUGGAGAUCGUGGACACGGUGGGCGCCGAGCACCUGGUCACCCUCAAGGACCUCUACAUCAAGAACAGCGACGGCUUCGUGGUGCUGUACAGCGUGUGCAGCGAGGCCUCGUUCGAGGCGGUGCGGCCGCUGCGGGAGCGCAUGGGCCGGCUGCGGGGGCCCAGGGCCGUGCCGCUCGUGCUGGUGGGCACCAAGGCCGACCUGGACGCCGAGCGCCAGGUGCUCACGGCGCGCGGCCGCGCGCUGGCCCGCGAGUGGCGCUGCCCGUUCCUGGAGGUCACGGCCAAGAGCAAACGGAUGGUGGACCAGGUGUUCACGCAGGUGGUGCGCGAGAUGGAGGCUCUGGCCCCGCCCGAGGUGCAGGCCCCGGCCGCCCCCACGAACGCCCAGGACACGUGGCCUUCGGAAAGGUUCAUCGGCUGAUCCGCAGCGGCUGGUUUGUAGUGCGUAUGUUCAUCGCUUUUCGUGCUUCCUGGAGCUCAGUGUCCCUACUUUUUAAAGAAAAUGAUCCAGCCGGACACAGCAGUUACUUCUGUAUAAUAACUCAAACCAGGGCUUCAGACUCUCCGCAGAUCUUCCCAAAUAUUUCUUGAACUUUGCAACUGUUUACCUCUGACAGGUGAUCUAAGAAGAAACCAAAAAUCGAUUUGUUCUCCCCUGCAUGGAGUACCCUUCUCUUAAAAUGGAAUUUGUUACUGGACUUUUUCUUAUAAUUAAUACCUCCAGUGUCAUCCCACAUUUGAAAUUGAUUGACGAACGUGAAUUAGAGUUUAAGCUUUCGACCGCAGGAGGUUUUCAUGCGUUUUUCACAACCUUGAAUUGGCAGCAGCAGUAUUUUCCUCUCUGUAUUUCUAAAUAUAGUUAUGACAUACAUAGCCUUGGUUUGAAAGGGAUAUUGUAUACUCUGGGAGGGGGAAAACCGACUGUAUACUCACACCAAGAUAGCUUGCCCUGCCUUGUUUUGUAAUGGACAUCUGGUCGAUUUCUCUAUCUGGAAAUUGGGUGAAAAUAAAAUGGCUUUAUAAGUUUACAA